UUAAUGAGACUUGUAUCAUUUUAAAACCAUUUUGUAGCGUUUUUGGAUACAUCGUGAUUUUUGUAAUAUUGGCCUUGACGAAGGCAGCGGUUGAUAUUCGGGAUGUUAAGAUUUCAUUUCCUGGAACCCAAAACCCUAAAUUUCCCCACUUGCGAUUUAUGCAGACUUUACCCGCUGUACGUCAGCUUACAGUUUGUCAACGGAUUAAACCGUUUCACAGAAACACAGGAUACAUCUUCUCCUGCGCCACAUCUAAUCAAUACAACCAGUUCAUUACGUCUAUGUAUGUAAAAUCUGACGGGACUCUGAAUCUUGGCCUUCAAGUAAAUGGUUCUUCAAAUAAAUAUAUCUCUUGCCCUAUCGAAAUCGAACUAGGUCAAUGGUACCACGUGUGUCACGUAUGGUCCGGGGUGGAUGGUCGUAUGGCAGUUUAUGCGAACGGAAGUCCGUGUGGAACAAUGGAAAAUGUGGGAAAAGGCCAUCAGAUAUCUGCAGGUGGUACUGUGGUCAUAGGUCAAGAACAAGACAAAAUAGGUGGUGGAUUCAACGAGAAGGAAUCUUGGAGUGGGGAGUUAUCUGAUCUGCAAGUCUGGGACGAAGCCCUAACGAC